AUGGAGACACAGGAACGGUCGGGGUCAGGAAAGGAGAAGAGCAAGAGCGGAAAGUCCAAGGCGGGAGGUUCAGGCGCAGGAGCAGCAAUGGAGGAGGUAGACAAGGACGUGAGCAGCUUCCUGGUUAAGAUGGAACGCGGCGGGAUGAUACAGUCGUUCGGCUGCGUCCUAUUGGUUGAGGAAGGGACGUUUCGUCUCUUGGCGUACAGUGACAAUGUACCGGAAGUGCUGUGCCUUCCGCAAAAGUCCUCCGCCGGCCCCCUCGGGUUCGUGAUGGACCGGGUAAUGCGCGCCAUCAACCGCUCCAACCGCGCGCUCCUGCGCUCCACCUCCCGCUCCGCCAGAAACCCUGCCGCUCCCCUCCCCGCGGGCGCCAGCGACAGCAGCGCGGCUAACGGGGGAGGGGGAGGGGGGAGCGGGGGAAGCGGUGGUGGCGGAGGAGGGGGAGGGGUGGGGGUGGGGGUGGGGUGCAUGUCUCUGGAAGAGGCUUGCUCUCCCUCUUCACGCCCCUCUUCCGCUUCCGGGCAUGGGGAUGGUCCCUCUCCUAGCUCCGCUCUCCCUGGGGAAGUUGACAUUUCGAAUUCAGUCGCGCGCCCCACCUCCUCCUCCUCUCCUGCCCUCUCGUCCGCACGAUCGUUCUCCAUCCGACGGCUGCUGUCGCGGACGUCCGCGGGGGCGGCAAAUGCGGAUCCGGCAGAGGGGACGGGGAUCGGCAGUCCCAAGGCGAGCAUUAAGGGGAAUCCCACAGGCAGAUCGCCCCACACGUCUGCUGACUUGGCUGCUCUGCAGGCUCUAGGCCUGGGGUCAGACGCUCGGAUUCUCUUCACCCCUGAGAGCGUGACGGCGCUGGAGAAGGCGAUGGGGGCGCGGGACAUGGCACUUAUGAACCCCGUGCUCGUGCAGUCCUCCCUCUCCUGCCGCCCCUUCUACGCAAUCCUGCACCGCCAAACUCACUCCUCCUCCUCCUCCUCCUCCUCCUCCUCCUCCUCCUCCUCCACCACCACCACCACCGCCGCCGCCGCCGCCGCUGCUGCUGCGAACGGCAAUGGGGAAAGCAGCGCCCCUGCUGCUACCGGCAAGGUCAAGCGAGGCACCAUUCUGAUCGACCUGGAGCCGAUUCUUCCCUCAGACCCUGCUGUGAACGGUGCCGGUGCGCUCCACUCCCACAAGCUCGCCACCCACGCUGUCUCCCGCCUGCAAGCCAUCCCCUCUGGAAGCAGCCUCGAUUUACUCUUCCAGGCGCUGGUAGAGGAGAUUCGGCAGCUCACAGGAUACGAUAGAGUCAUGGCGUAUAAAUUCCACGAGGACGAGCAUGGGGAGGUGAUAGCAGAGGACCGGAAACGCCCCCUAGAGAGUUACCUAGGGCUGCACUACCCCUCCACGGAUAUCCCCAAGGCGUCCCGGAUUUUAUUCUUGAAGAAUCGGAUCCGCAUGAUCUGCGACGCGAAAUCGAAGCCCGUGAAGGUGGCGCAGGAGAGGGGGUUUUUGAAGCAGCCGGUGAGCCUGUCUACGUCGACGCUGCGGGCGGUGCAUGGGUGCCACGCACAGUACAUGCAAAACAUGGCUAUAUCCGCGUCGCUCUGCCUGUCCAUCGUUCUGAGGGACCAGGAGGCGUUGCCGGCGGCGAUUGGAGGGAGAGCGGGUGGGGGCGGGGCAGAGGGGGAGGAUGGGGGAGGAGGAGGGGGAGGUGGGGGAGGGGGAGGGGGGGUGUUGUCGACGCUGGAUGAGGUGAAGGGGAGGCGGCUGUGGGGGAUGAUUGUGUGCCAUCAUACGUCUCCGCGCUAUGUGCCCUUCCCUGUGCGCUCUGCCUGCGACUUCCUCAUGCAGGUGUUCACGCUGCAACUGGCCAAGGAGCUACAGCUGCAGGCGCAGCAGAGGGAGCAGCAGAUCCUGCAGCUGCAGACGCAGCUGUGCCACAUGAUGCUCGCCAACGCGCCCUUCCACGCCCUCAUGGCCCCUGACGCGCGCCCCUCCGUGCGCGACCUGGUGGAGUGCGACGGCGCUGCGCUGCUGGUGGAUGGGGAGUUCUACUCCUCUGGGACUGCGCCCACCAAGGAACAGGUGCUCUCAAUCAUCGAGUGGAUCCAAACGGCCCACCCCAAUACCACGGGUCUCACCAUCGACAGCCUCCUGGCCGCCGGCUACCCCCUCGCAACCUCCCUCGGGGACUCCGUCUGCGGAGUAGCAAUGGCCCAGAUCGGCGAGUCCGACUUCAUCCUGUGGCUGAGAUCGCACGUGCAGAAGCAGAUCCACUGGAGCGGCGCGAAGCAGAAGCCCGGGAAGGCCCCGAAGGACGAUAUAAAGAAGAUGAACCCGCGGCAGUCCUUUGAAGCGUUUCUGGAGGUGGUGAGGCACCGGUCGGCGCCGUGGCAGGACCUGGAGGUGGAUGCGAUUCACUCGGUGCAGAUCAUUAUCAGAGAUGCUGUGCAUAGGAUGCGCCUUGGUGUGCCUGUCGGGGGAGGAGGGGGCGGUGCUGCUGAAAUGGCUCUCUCCCCAGAGGAGCUGGACAAGCUGUACGCGGCAACCUUUGAUCAGCUCGUGCACUUCAUCGAGACGGCGUCUGCGCCGAUCCUGGCCGUUGAUCGCGAGGGGUGCAUCACGGGGUGGAACAACAAGGUUGCGACGCUCACAGGGCUGCCCUUCUCUGCCGCCAUCGGCAAAUCCCUCGUGGACGAUCUAGCAGACGUGCAGUCCAAGACGCAGCUUCACGCCGCCCUAGACCUCGCGUUUCAAGGUAGCGCCUCAAGUCAAGGUGACGAUCUAGCAGACGUGCAGUCCAAGACGCAGCUGCAUGCCGCCUUCGACCUCGCCUUCCAAGGUCGCGAGGCGCAUAACAUUCAGCUGCGCCUGCACUCGUGGGGAACAGAGCGCAGCCUCUCCGGCCCCUCAGCUCGCACCGCCAGCACAGGCAGCGCCGCCGCCGCCGCCGCUGCUUCCGCCACAGCUGCAGCUGGCAGCACCGCCGGUGCUGGUGCCGAGGCCCUUGGGAUUGACGUGGGGUCGUCUGUGAUCCUAUUGGCCAACACGUUUGUGAGCCGCGACGCGCAGCAGGAGGUGCAGGGGGUGUGCUUCGUGGGGCAGGAUGUGACGGUAGAGAGGGUGGUGAAUGACCAGUUCAGGAAGGUGAAGGGCGACUAUGAGGCCAUUGUGCACGCGCACAGCUCGCUCAUCCCCCCCAUCUUCGGCUGCGAUGAGUUUGGGCUGUGCACGGAGUGGAACGCGGCCAUGGAGAGGAUAACAGGGUUCACGCGCUUUGAGGUGUGGGAGCGCAUGCUCAUAGGGGACGUCUUUGGCUCCCUCUGCCGCAUGGAGAGUGGCGACGCCAUGACGAAACUCAUGAUUGUCAUCAGCAAGGCCAUGGCCGGGCAUGAAGCCGUGAAAGUCCCCUUCUCGUUUUUGAAUCGCCAGAGAACCCUCAUGGAGCUGCUGCUAUCCGUGCAUCCGCGGCACUCAGCAGACGGCAACUCCGUCGUGGGCGCCUUCUGCUUCCUCCACACGGCCUCUCUGGAGCUCCGGCAAGCCGUCGACAAGCAGAAGACCGCAGAAAAACUUGCCUCAGACAAGGCGAGGCAGGUCGCUUAUGUGAGGGAGAUGAGCCGUGGGCCGUUGGAUGGGCUGGCAUACUCGUUCGCGCGCAUGGAGCAGAUGGGCGCAGGGUUCUCGGGGAAGCAGCUGCCGUGGGUGCGCACAGGCGUGGCGUUGGAGACGCAGCUGCGGAAGAUUGUGAGCGACACUGACAUGCUCGCCAUCGAGCAGGGCCAAGCACCGCUCGCCACGCUGCCGUUCACCAUGGAGACUGUGUGUGGAGCAGUCAUCAGCCAGGCCACGCUGCUGGCCACUCGCAAGGGCGCCAAGCUCACUCUCGAGCUCGGCAGUGACGUCAAGACGCUGCCGCUGUGCGGCGAUGCUCCGAGAUUGCAGCAGAUUUUGGGAGGGCUGCUGUGUGCGGCAGUGAGCCACACUCAAGCCACCGGGCUGGUGAAGCUGGAGGUGACUCAAAAGGGCUCGCGGCUCUUCCGAGGGACAACAACCAUGGCUGAACUCGAUAUAAGUCCGGGGUCUGCCAGAGGUCACCAUCCAUCCCCGCUCCCAUUCUUACCCCACCGGGGAGCGGGGUUCGACUGCAUCUUACCUGCUCCCAUUCUUUCCUCUUUCUCUCCCACUGCCAAACCCCGCCCCCACUCUUCCCCUUCCCCUCCCCAGAAUAUCCCACACGGGGCGGGGUCUACCAGAGGAGAUCCCCAAAUAAUCUCCCACACGGGGCGGGGUCUACCAGAGGAGAUCAUCAACCAGAUGUUUGACUCCAAUGCUGCCACCACCUCUACCGCCACCGCCACCACCGUCCCCACCGAUGCUGCUGAUGAUGGAGCUUCUGCUGCCACCCCUGCUGCUGACAGGAGCUUCGGAAUCAACCUACUUCCGUUUUUUACCCCUCUUUUUCUUUCCCUCUCUCCCUUCCAUUCUCAGGAUCUCCCACACGGGGCGGGGUUUACCAGAGGAGAUUAUCAACCACAUGUUUGA